CCAGAGAGCGAGAGUGAGAGGAAAAGAGGGAGCAGCUGCAAACCAUUUCAGCUGUGUAGUGGCCUGAGAACAGAGGCUGGGAGCGAGAGAAAUAGAGGAACUGGGAAUGCGUGGCACUUUGUUUCCUUCUCACCACGGAGUCGGGAGAAGGAAGGCGGCAGAGAAAGGCAAGGCAGCGUGCCCUGGGAUUGUCUGCCGGGAAGACGCUGACUGAAAGCUUGGACUGGAGCUGGGAGGGCUGUCUGGGUCUUUGCCCUCUGGAGACAGUCCCACGACUCACUGCUUUACCCUGCACGCCUGCCUGGCCCAGAAUCCAACCCUCAGCCCCCCCCCCUUCUCUUAUCUACCCCCAGAUGCCCUCAUUCCCUCCAGCCUCACCCCCUCCAAGCUGCUGCCUGCUUUCGAUCUACUGUACCUCUCCCCUGGAGCUGUGGAUGAUCCGAGGAAGAAAGCAAGAUAAAAGAAAAUAAUUGAAACACUGGCAGGGAUUUCUCUACGCUAAAGCGGACUGCUUACUCUCUUUGUUCUGGAUUCAACAUUUUCCUCAUAUGCCACUCUGUUAUGAGGAUUAUGGAGUGGAUUUUCUUUCUCUGAUGAUGACUGUUAUGAUGGUGAUGAGCUGUCUUAGGCGAAAUUAGGGUUUUGCCCUGCAGGCACAAGUACCGUUUCUUUGUGAUGGAUAUAGAAAAAGAAAAGCUGUGGACUGCUUGAACACUCACCGGAACCACAAAGUGGCAGUGACUUGGUAAAGGGAUUUCUAUUCUCAUAUUAUACUCCACUUGGGUUUUCUCAAGCUCUAAAGCAGUGACAAUUCUUCUGUAUUUUUUCAUUUUGAUUUACUGGAUUUCAUAUUCCCAUAGAAUAAGGAAGGAAGGAAAUCCAUGGAGUAUUGUACUUUGCUGUUCAUUGCACCCCACGCAGCUUUUCUUUUAUAUAACUGAGAGUGGGUUUUCUCACCUUAAAAGGAGACUUUUACACUUCCCCGCCUGCCUCUCACUGAGACUGUUGAAGUAGUCCAAGCACUCUCUGCCUUUUCCUGUUGUGCCACAGAGAGGACAGGAAGGAGGCAGAAGCUUAGUGCGAGUAAAAAGGGGGUCAUGGAAUGAGUUGCUCUACAUGAAUAUGGAGCAGAGACCUGUGCUCAAGGGGUGUUAUCUGCAUGGUCGUUACCCCACCUUGGACUUUGUACUACACAGAGAGGAAGAAGAUGACUGUCUCUUUCCCUUCAUCCUUACACCUCUCCCUCAUUCCUAACAGCCUUUCAGAUAAACAGAGCUGGUGAUUAAUAUGGUGCCGAGGGGGAGGGCUGUCUCUCCCACUCCCUCGCUGAUGCCACACAUCAUCUUUGAAAGACCAAGGAAAUGCACAACUGUUGAAGUGACAUAGGAGAGAACACACACCGGUGGAAUUUGACUGUGGAUGAUAACAUUUGGAAUAAUAGCCAGAAUGUGAAACCUGAAGGAUUUGUUAAAUGCAGCCAAAUGGACUGUGUGAUUUUGUGGAUUAUUGGAUUAAGGACUAUUGAAGGAUUUACUUUUUUCUUUUAUCCCUUUUUUGUGAAGAUUGUUUAAUUACAUUUCCGCCUGUGCAGUGCGACCUGCACCUUAAACUAUAGGGUUUUUGUAGUAUCCCAGCAGGAGGGAAAGGGACAGAAUGGGGAAACCUCUGAGCCGUCCGGACUGCCUGAGGCAGAACCCUCGCUGCCUGGGAAAAGGCGAUGAGGAUGAGGCAUACAUAGAGGAUUGCUACGUCCCACAGCGGUCCAUUUAUGAUACAAUGCGCAUCAAUGAACAGAUUGACCAAGGGACCAAACUGUGUCAACCUUCCAGGAGUACUCUAGGCUCUGGUGGGGAGGGGAGAGGAGAAGGAAGUACGAUAUCUAGUAAUGGCACCAUCGGAGCUGAUUUGGGUAAUGUUUUUGUUUCUAGGAAUGCAGACCAUGCUAGUGGAGUGAAGAGACUUGAUGAGAGAGUUAUCUUUGAUGCCUUAAAGCUAACUGGUGAUCCUCAGAUAAUGUCACCACCAGUUGGCAUUGUAGGUUCAGGUUUGCCAAUUGCCCCGUCCUCAUGUGGCUCUGGCGGGGUUCCCGCAGUGGCCAAGAGGCGUCAUCAGGGCGGGGACAAAAGGGACAAUCCGAACCGCCGCUCUUGGAAAGCCUUUAUGCCUGCGAGUUAUCCAGAGUUUGCUGAGAGAUUGGAGUUCUCGUCUGUUGAGGGGGCAGAAAAGCGCUUUUCUGUGGCAGGGAUUCCUCUCCUUCCAUCUACACCCACCUCCUUAACUCCUUCCUUACCUCCUUACACACCCUCCCCUUUGUCAUCUGCUCCACACACUCCUCCUGUCUCCUCCUCGCCUUCUUUCACACCCACAGCAAGCCCUGUGCCUCCUCUCGUGCAGCAUCCUCUCAGCAGGCUAAAGCAGGUUCAUCCUUUGCUGCUGAAGCAACACAAACAGACUCACAGGGUGCCGUCGCCUUCCAAAGAACAAUUACCUGCCGGUAGCCCAAAUCAGGCACCCCGGGUUUCUGGAAACACACCACAGCACAGCCCCAAUAUCCCGAAACAGGUAGAGAGAAAAAUGGAGGAAUACAAAAGGACUAUUAGCUCUUCUAAAGCUGGAUUUAGGCAGAUCCCAGAGGAGCCUUUUGAGGCAGUUAAGAACUCAGAUUCCGAAAGGGACUCUCCUCUUUUGGACCAGGACCAGGGAGACAGUGCCCCUCUGAUCCCACCAAAACCAGUCUUCUGCCCUCCUACUAAGGCCCGCACCUGGCCCCGCAGUUUAACAUCAGGGAAAAGAACUCAGGUUGGCCUCAGACACAACUUCCCUGCACUCCCCCCUUUGCCCCCACUGUUGGGGGAUGAUAUCAACACAGAUGACGAGUCACUUUAUCUACUCGACCCUCCAUCGCCAUUCCUGAUGGAGGAGGAGGGCUUAGUAUAUGGAGGUCUGCCCCUCUCCCCCUGUGUAAGUCAUGAGGGAGGUGAGGAGAGUCUUCUCGGCUGGGCUGCUGAGGGCAGUGAGCUUGAACGCACAGCCUCUGAGCUCAAAUUUGAGGAGGACGAGCGUAGGAUUCUUGAGGAGCUUGAAGACGAGGAGCAUGAAGAGUGCAGCACAAUAUUUGAGGAAGAGGAGGCAUGGAAUAGAGAAAGGGAUAAAGAGGAGGACGAGAGAGCUCAGAGAGAGGAAAGAGAGUGGGAGGCAGUUCUUAAAUUAGAGAACAGGGAGAUAAUUGAGCAGGCUUGGGUGACGGAAACACUGGAGACAGAGGGAUGGGAUGUAACUGGCUCUUCUGGACAUUGGCCUGUAUUAACUCCCCCCACUGGGUUUGGAGCCCCCAGUGCCUCACCCUGCCCCAGUUCAGGGGCCGAGUCAGACGACCUCUUCCUAGAGCUAGAGAGGCAAUGUCUAGAUGAAGGGGAGGAGGGAGUUGAGAUGAGUGUCGACCCUGAGCCUCUUCAUCCCUACACAUUUCCCUUUUUAGAGGAAGAGGAAAUACAGGAAGAAGCAAACACUGCUGGUGCAUAUUAUGAAGGGACUCUUCCUCUAGAUGAAGUUGACUCUUUAGAGCCUGGUAGUGGUGAGCUAGGCUUAGAGAAUAUUACAAAGGACUCCCAUUUGAAUCAAUCUGAGCCAAUAGAACAGAUGACAAACUUUGACUUAGUGCGAGCACAAGACUGUGAAAGGGAACAUAGUUUCAUCGAUGAAGAGUGUGAUGUUGACUACAAUGAGGAUCACACUGACUUUGAGGCAGAAGAGAUGAGUUUCCACACAGACUCAGCUCUUUGUCACCCACUGGAGUCAGACUCCAGCGGGGUGCACAUGUCCCAACCAGACAGAACUGGAGUUAGUGACUUUACUCACACCGACUGUGAACAGGGCGGGCCUGCAUGGACUGAGACGGACCCAGAUAGCGGGGCGUCAUCAGAUCGCGAUGACAAGGAUUGUGUGGAGAGAGCCUCCUCUCCAUCUUGUAGCCCUCUGAACCCUUACUGUGAUGAGGCAAGGCAAGUGGAGGAGGAGAUAGAGCAGGAUACGGAGGAAUUGAAAGAGGAAGAGGAGUUAGGAGCAGAGUGGGAUGUGUAUGACCAAUCUGAGCCAAGUUUGGAUGGUAGCGAGGGAGUUCUCAUGGAUCACUCCCCUGAGCCUCUUCACACAGUUGAAGCAGAAAUCCACAAUGCAUGUACACAGGAUGUUGACGUUCAAACUUCCUGUCAAGAAGAUCCAAUCCCCUCAGAGAUCAGCCGCCCUGCUGUGGAAAUAACUUGUGACACAGAAGGGACAGAGGCUGCUGUUGUCCUUACAGAAGUAGUCUCAGGACUUGACACGUUUCAAAGCUCAGAUCUGGAAACUUCAAAAGAAGUGACAGCUAGCACCCCAACAUCAGAGUCUACUCCUCUCCUUCAAUAUACAGACUCCGCACCCGGUUCCUCUUUACCUCAGUCCCCGUGUAAAUCAAGUUCUAAUGGUGCUGGGUUGGACACUAAAGACUCAGAGGCCUUUGUGAUAUCAGAUAGUUUUGUUUACCUGGCUGUAUCUGCGCCUCCCCAGUUCCUCAAUGAAUGUCCCCCGUCUCCACUCGAGGACUCCAUUCCCCCCAGUCCUGUCCCCAAACCUCCCUGCUGCCCUGACCCAGAGGAGGAAGGAGCCUUGCUUUCCCCUGACAGCUUUGUUUACAUGGCAGCACCUGAACGGCACCGGCCUGGCCCCUCAGAUGCCUGCUCAGCCUGUGAAGAUACUCAGGACAUGGACUUGGACUCGUACUCUGAAGGGACCGCGUCUGGGAUGGAUGGAGUGGAGUUUGUCCUCGGCUCUAUGACCGGGGACAGUGACUGGGAGUCAGACGGGUCAGCUUUGGACUUUCCUGCACUCAUGUCCACGGACCAGAUCUGGGACCAGCUUGAGCCAGGCCUGCUUCAGAGCCUAUUUACACAGCAAGAGACAAGCCAGACAGAGGGCUGUAGGCCUCAGGAGGACGAGACCCAGGCAGGGUCAUCACCUUGUCAAGCAGACCCUUUCUUAGAGUCAGAAAGGAGCUCUAAAGCAGAGAAUGAAUCGACAACUCUAUUACAAAGUUCCGACACUGACAUAGAAGCAGAGGCGGUGGAGAGAGAGCAGGUGGACAGCAUUCAACACAAGCUGCAGCACAUCAACGCCGUGGGUCAGGGUCUGAUCCAGAGCGCCGGCAAACACACCGACACCCAGGCCCUGGAGCACGACCUGGAGAACACCAACCUCCAAUGGAACUCACUCAACAAGCGGGUGGCAGAGCGGAUCGCCCAGCUGCAGGAGGCCCUGUUGCAUUGUGGGAAAUUCCAGGAUGCUCUGGAGCCUCUGCUCAGCUGGCUGAGCGACACAGAGGAACUGGUGGCCAAUCAGAAGCCCCCGUCAGCAGAAUACCGCGUGGUCAAGGCUCAGAUCCAAGAGCAAAAGCUGCUCCAGAGACUGUUAGAUGACCGCCGGCCGACAGUGGAGAUGAUCCGCGCUGAGGGAGAGAGGAUCGCAGCCACAGCCGACACUCAGGACCGGGAGAAGAUCCAGAGCCAGCUCCAGAGUCUGGCAGAGAGAUGGACCGAGCUGCUGGACAAGGCCAGCGGCAGGCAGAGGCAGCUGGAGGAGCUGCAGGUUUUGGCUCUUCAGUUCCACGAGGCCCUGGAGCCUCUGGGAGAGUGGCUGAGUGCCACAGAGAGGCGCCUGGGCUCCGCCGAGCCAAUGGGAACCCAGACGGCCAAGAUCACCCAGCAGAUCGUCAAGCACAAGGCGAUCCAAGAGGAGAUCUCCUCACGUGAAUCUGACGUUAACCACCUCGAGUCCGUCAGCCAAUCGCUGACCCCGCUCAGCUGCACGGCCGAUCGCAAUUGGCUAAGCGAGCGCGUGGGGGCGGUGAGGUCCAAUCACUCGGAGCUCACUGAUUGGUGCUCCCGGCGUGCGGGCAUGCUGGAGCAGGCGCUGGCUAACGCCCAGCUGUUUGGGGAGGAGGAGGUGGAGGUGCUGAACUGGCUGGCAGAGGUGGCUCAGAGGCUGGCUCAGGUCUCAGUGCAAAGCUACCAGCACCAGCUGCUGGCUGAGCAGCACAAACACACCCUGGCUCUAAAUGAAGAGAUUGUGAGCAGGAAGAAGACGGUGGACCAGGCUAUCAAAAAUGGACAAGCUUUACUAAAACAGACCACAGGAGAGGAGGUCCUGCUGAUCCAGGAGAAGCUGGACGGCAUCAAGUCGCGCUACGCUGAGAUGACGACGGGCAGCAGCAAGGCGCUCCGCACGCUGGAGCAGGCCCUGCAGCUGGCCACACGAUUCGCCAGCGCCCACGAUGACAUCAACCAAUGGCUGGAUGCCGUUGAGGCGGAGCUUAACAACGUGGAGCCCGACGCAACACCCGCCUACCAGGAAAGACAGAAGGAGCUAAAGAAGGUGUCUGCAGAGAAGCGCCUGGUGCUGGACACGGUGAACGAGGUGGGCAGCGCUCUGCUGGAUCUGGUGCCGUGGAGGGCCCGCGAGGGUCUGGACCGCCUGGUCGCCGAUGCCAACCAGCGCUACCGCCAGUCUGAUGAAACCAUCAGGCAGCGGGUGCAGCUGGUACAAGCUGCCAUCCAGAGGUCACAGCAGUACGAGGAGGCGGUGGAUGCAGAGCUGGCCUGGGUGGGGGAGACGGAGCGUAAACUGACGUCUCUGGGGCCCCUGAGCCUGGAGCCUGACGUGACCGUGGCCCAGAUGCAGGUGCAGAGGGCCUUCAACAUCGACAUCAUCCGACACAAAGACACCGUGGAUCAGCUGCUCAGCACCAAGGAGGACAUCCUGGAAACCUGCAGCGACGCCCAGAAGGAUGCACUGUUGGUGAAGACAGAUUCGCUCAGCGCUCGAUAUGAAGGCGUGAAUCAGAUCCACAGCGAGCGGUUCUCAGCUCUGGAGCAGGCCCAGGUUUUGGUCUCUCGCUUCUGGGAGACACACGAGGAACUGGAACCAUGGCUGGGCGAGACAGAGACCCUCAUCACGCAGCUGCCCCCGGCCGCCAUCGACACCGACGCCCUCCGCCUGCAACAGGACCAGAUGAGGCUGCUGAGGGAGUCGAUCGCAGAGCACAAGCCCCACAUUGACAAGCUGCUGAAGAUCGGACCCCAGCUGGCCGAGCUUAGCCUCACAGAGGGGGCGAAGGUGACACAGCGCUACAGCGAGGCCGAGAGGCGCUACCUGGCCAUCAAAGAGGGGGUCAAAGGUCGUGCGACAACCUUAGACGAGGCCGUUUCACAGUCAUCACAGCUGGUAGAGUUUCACGACAAGAUGGACCCCCUGCUGGAGACCUUGGAGGGGGCGGUGCAGCGGCUGCGGCAGCCCCCCCCGGUGGCAGCCGAGGUGGACAAGAUCAGGGAGCAGCUAGGGGAGCACCGAGCCCAGGGGCUGGAGCUGGACAAACUGCUGCCCAGCUUCUCGGCUCUGUGCGCCCGCGGAGAGGAGCUCAUCGGACGGGCUGCUCACGACGACCCUGCCGCUCAGGCCGUCCGUACCCGCCUCCUGCGCCUGCGCUCCCUGUGGGAUGAGAUCCGACAGCGGGCAGAGGAGAAGGAGGGGAAGCUGAACGACGUGUAUGACCUGGCCGGGAAGUUCUGGGCCGACGUGGCGGCGCUGCUGAGCACGCUCCGAGACUCCCAGGACAUCGUGAGGGAGCUGGAGGACCCCGGCGUGGACCCCUCGCUCAUCAAACAACAGAUCGAGGCUGCUGAGGCUAUUAAGGCAGAGACCGACGGCCUGAGGGAGGAGCUGGAGUUUGUCAGGACCCUCGGAGCCGACCUCAUCUUUGCCUGUGGAGAAACUGAGAAACCUGAAGUGAAGAAGACCAUUGAUGAGAUGAACGCUGCCUGGGAGGGUCUGAACCGGACGUGGAGAGAGAGGAUGGAGAGGCUGGAGGAGGCCAUGACAGCGUCUGUGCAGUAUCAGGACGCUCUGCAGUCUAUGUUUGACUACCUGGACAACGCUGUGAUCAAGCUGUGUGACAUGUCCACAGUGGGAACUGAUCUUGGAACUGUCAAACAGCAGAUUGAAGAGCUCAAGCAGUACAAGGUGGAGGUUUACCAGCAGCAGAUUGACAUGGAGAAGCUGUGCCACCAGGGAGAGCUGCUGCUGAAGAAGGUGUCCGACCAGACGGACCGGGACAUGAUCCAGGAGCCGCUGACCGAGCUCCGUCACCUCUGGGAAAACCUGGGGGAGAAAAUCACACACAGACAGCACAAGGUCGAGGGUGCCCUGCUGGCCCUGGGUCAGUUCCAGCACGCUCUGUCUGAGCUGCAGGCCUGGCAGAACCACACACACACCACCCUGGACACACAGCGGCCCAUCAGCUCUGACCCCAAGGCCAUUGAAAUUGAGCUGGCUAAACACCACGUUCUGCGUAAUGAUGUUCUUUCCCAUCAUGCAACUGUGGAGAAUGUGAACGGUGCUGGCGCUGAGCUGCUGGAGUCGUCUCCUGGCGACGAGGCCAGCCAGCUGAGGGACCAGCUGGACCAUCUGAACCAGGGCUGGCAGAGCCUCCUGCUGAAGACCCAGGAGAGGCAGAAGCUGCUGGAGGCCGCCCUGCACCAGGCUGAGGGUUUCCAUGGCGAGUUGGAGGAGUUCCUGCAGUGGCUGAGGAGGACGGAGAGCCAGCUGUCUGCCGCCAAGCCCACCGGCGGCCUCCCUGAAACAGCCAGGGAGCAGCUUGAGCAGCACGUGGAGCUCCAGGCCCAGCUGGCUCAGCGGGCAGACCAGUACCACAACCUGCUGGACCAGGGAGAGUCCAUGCUGCUGGCUCGGGGGGGAGAGGAGGCCGGACCCGGCACCACCCAGACCCAGCAGAACCUGGCCAUGCUGCAGAACAAGUGGGCCAGCCUGAACACCAAGAUGGACGACCGCAGGGCGAAGCUGGAUGAGGCUGUUUCCUUGGCGACAGGUUUCCAGACCUCUCUGCAGGACACCAUCAACUGGCUGACCCAGGCUGAACAAACCCUCAACAUGGCCCAGCCCCCCAGCCUCAUCCUGGACACAGUCCUCUUCCAGAUCGAUGAGCACAAGGUGUUUGUGAAUGAGGUGAACACCCACAGAGAGCAGGUCCUGGCUCUGGAGAAGGCCGGCUCUCAGCUCCGCUUCGCCAGCAUGAAGCAAGACGUGGUUCUCAUCAAGAACCUGCUGCUCAGCGUCCAGGCCCGCUGGGACAAGCUGGUGCAGAGGUCCCUGGACCGCGGCCGACACCUCGACGAGGCCCGCAAACGCGCCAAACAGUUCCACGAGGCCUGGAGGAAGCUGACAGACUGGCUGGAGGAAGCCGAGAAGCGACUGGACUCAGAGCUGGAGAUCUCCAACGAGCCGGAUAAGAUCAAAGUACAACUGGCCAAACACAAGGAGUUUCAGAAAGCUAUGGGCUCGAAGCAGCCGGUUUACGACACUACAGUGAGGUCCGGGAGGGCCAUGAGGGACAAGGCCCAGCUGCCUGCAGACACCCAGAAAAUGGACCACCUGGUGGGAGAGAUCCGCGACAAGUGGGACACCGUCUGUGGCAAGAGUGUAGAGAGACAACACAAGCUGGAGGAGGCUCUGCUGUUCUCAGGUCAGUUUGCAGAGGCUCUGCAGGCCCUGGUGGACUGGCUUUACCGGGUGGAGCCCCAGCUGGCUGAAGACCUGCCCGUCCAUGGAGAUCUGGAUUUGGUGUCCAACCUCAUGGACUCACACAAGGCUUUCCAGAAAGAGAUGGGGAAGAGAACCGGCAGCGUUCAGGCUCUGAAGCGCUCAGCCCGGGACCUGAUGGACACCGGGCGCGACGACACGGCGUGGGUCAAAGUUCAGCUGCAAGAGCUCAGCAACCGCUGGGACACGGUGUGCGCUCUGUCCGUCACCAAGCAGACCCGCCUCCAGCAGGCCCUCAAACAGGCUGAGGACUUCCGUACGUCGAUACAGAUGCUUCUGGAGUGGCUCUCUGAGGCCGAACAGACGCUCCGUUUCCGUGGCGUUCUCCCCGAAGAGGCGGAGACUCUGCAGGCGCUGCUGCACACACAUCGGGACUUCAUGGGCACGGUGGAGGAGAAGAGGGCGGACGUGAACAAGGCGGCUGGCAUGGGAGAGGGCAUCCUGACCCUCUGCCACUCUGACUCCAUCACCACCAUCAAACACUGGAUCACCAUCAUCAGGGCGCGCUUCGAGGAGGUGCUGACGUGGGCCAAACAGCACGAGCAGCGCCUGGAGACGGCUCUGACCGAAGUGCUCAACAAUGCCAACCUGCUGGAGGAGCUGUUGUCUUGGCUGCAGUUUGCUGAGACCACAUUGGUCCAGAAAGACACAGAACAGCUUCCUCAGGACAUCACACAGCUGAAGACACUCAUCACAGAACACCAGAUAUUUAUGGAGGAGAUGACGAGGAAGCAGCCAGAUGUCGACAAAGUGACUAAGACCUACAAAAGAAAACCAGCCGAGGCUCCCAGCAGCCUGGCCGAGAGGAGAGGAGCUCGCAAAAACCAGCAGCAGCAGCAGGCGGCCAUGCAGCUCUCUGGAGGAAACCCCCGCCUCAACCAGCUGUGUGCCCGCUGGCAGCAGGUCUGGCUGCUGGCUCUGGACCGCCAGCGCAAACUCAACGAUGGACUGGACCGACUGGAGGAGCUCAAAGAGUUUGCCAACUUCGACUUCGAUGUGUGGAGGAAGAAGUACAUGCGCUGGAUGAACCAUAAGAAGUCCCGAGUCAUGGACUUCUUCAGACGCAUCGACAAGGACCAGGAUGGAAAGAUCACCCGGCAGGAGUUCAUAGACGGCAUCCUGGCAUCAAAGUUCCCCACCAGCAGGCUGGAGAUGACCGCAGUGGCAGACAUCUUUGACAGAGACGGAGACGGCUACAUCGACUACUACGAGUUUGUUGCUGCUCUGCACCCCAACAAGGACGCCUACAGACCCACCACUGAUGCUGAUAAGAUAGAGGAUGAGGUGACUCGGCAGGUUGCACAGUGUAAAUGUGCCAAGAGGUUCCAAGUGGAGCAGAUAGGAGAGAACAAAUACCGGUUCUUCCUCGGAAACCAGUUUGGAGACUCUCAGCAGCUGCGUCUGGUGAGGAUUCUGCGCAGCACGGUGAUGGUGAGAGUCGGAGGAGGCUGGAUGGCUCUGGAUGAGUUCCUAGUCAAAAAUGAUCCGUGCAGAGUGCAACACCCUGGACUUAAGAUCCUCCGCUCCGAUUCCAGUAGCUCCAUCUCAUCUCGUAUAGGUUGGACUUCUCUCUCCCUGACAGUCACUCCUGGCUAUUUCUGCUGCCGAGCUCGGGGCCGCACCAACCUGGAGCUGAGGGAGAAGUUCAUCCUCCCUGAGGGGGCGUCUCAGGGUCUGGCCGCCUUCCGGUCCCGAGGGCGGCGCUCCAAGCCGGGGUCCCGUAACGCCUCGCCCACCCGUUCCUCCUCCUCGGCCUCACACAGCGGGGCCUCGCUCCCCUCAGCCCCCUCCACCCCCGCCACACCCACAGCCUCCGCAUCAUCCAGGUCCUCCCAUACUCACUCUCGUGACUAUGCCAAGCCCUGGCUGACACACAGUAAAACUCCAACGCCAUCCAAGUGCCAGUGCUGCCCCGACCUCGCUCACAGCCCCACCAGUCCCGGGCACGAGGGGGCCGCGUCGGGGUCCAAACUGAAGAGACCGACGUUCCACUCCAGCCGAGGCUCGCUGAGCGGAGAGAACGGAGGAACGCCGCUCUCCGGAAAACCAGCACGCGCUGAUCCGAAGCGAGGGGGCUCCACAGCGAGCGGGCAGGCGAGCCGAGCGGGCAGCCGGGCAGGCAGCAGAGCCAGCAGCCGGAGAGGCAGCGACGCUUCGGACGCCUCGGAGCUGCAGGACGCCCGCUCCGUCUGCUCCGACGCCUCGGACACACCACGACGACCCGGGGCCAAACCAUCCAAGAUACCCACCAUCUCUAAAAAAGCCCCCAGCCCAAAGACCCAGGGGGCUGCGAAAAAAUAAUUCAGCAAUAGAAAAACUGGAGUAGAAGCGAGUAUCAUCGGUGCACCAGCUCUUCAAUCUGAGUCCAUCUAACAGGGCUUGAGGAGAGUUUGUGCACUGUGACAUUUUCCAGGGGAAAGAAGGAGAUGGAUAGGAUGGUGAAUCUCCUUCUCACUCUUUCCCCGCUCUCAUGGACGGACUGAGAAAACAUGCACAACAGGAGGAGGGAUUCUGUUCCCAGGUCAGAAUCUGUGGGGUAGAAAACCGACUUUUCCCCUUUAAGAAGCAACCCCAUUUUGCCUUCCAGUCUCCUGCUUUGUCUUUCAAAAGUUCCCCCCCCAAGCGUGGAACCAAACCCCAAAGUGACUUGACGUGAUGCUGCCUUACUUACUCACUUCUGUCCCUAACAGACGCAGAAACAGAGAAAGUCUUUAAACUGCUUUAUACCACACUGACACAAAUACACACGUUUUCAAAGAGAAGCAGGGUAGGGAGUGGGACACGCCACCACCACGGCUGCAAAAACAAAGAAAGCCCAAAUGAAAUUCAGAAGAAGAAAAAAAGAAAGAGAGAAUUGUGGGUCAUUAUUUUGGCUUGUGGGCCAGAUGCCUCAGCGAUGAGUCUAAAAAGAAAAUAUGCAACGACUGCCAUGUCUCUUCCUCUGGACUGGUUGGUAGGGAAAACGCUCACCUCAGCAGAUCUGUGUGUGGGGAGGCGGGAAAACGUUGUCCGACACACACACACACACCGGCUAACCUCAGACUCAGAGGGUGGGUGGUGGUGACGGAGCAAACACUCACACACUCGCACCACAGCGCAGACUCCUCUCGACCGCUGGAACGUAACAUCAGCCUUGUGUGUGUGUGUGCAUUUCAGCAAAGGGCGGUGUGGUUUGGUCACAUGCCGGCGUAACAAUCCAACAGGAAUAUCACAAACUGGCAAAAGAGAGGACUAUUUUUAAGGUGACACUCACUAACAGCACAUUACUGACAAUAUACGACAUGUGUAACCCGAUGUUCGACAACCAGCAUGCACUAAUUGUCUCUUCCUCUGCAGUCCCACCUUAAUGUCUACGCUGCGUCGCCCUGAGCAACUCAGCAGCACACACACACAAGGUGGUGUGCUUCAUUUGUGUAUUUGUUACAGGAAAUGAUAGAGGUCAUUGACAUGAGUCACUGUAUGCAAACAUUUUAAUUUGCGAAUGUCCUUUUUUUGUUUUUCUUCUCAUUGUUUUCUGGUUAAUUUAUAAUCCAGUUGUACUUUUGUUAUCUAGCUUGAGAGAAAAAUCUAUUUAUUUUUCAGUUUCAUGUCAUAUCACCGUUUGCGGCGUGUGAUUUAGUAUUAUGGUUAAAGAAAUUGUGUUUUUUGUACCAAGGAAGUGUCUGCUCCGCUCCGUUUGUGUGUUUCUACUUCAUUGUAACAUUACAUUACUCACUAGGUCGUUGAUUCUGGUGACAGCCUUGUUUGUUCUUUUCUCUUUUUUUGCUAAUGACUACAAUUCCCAGACCAUGACCAAAGGGGUUUGCCCUUCAUGUGUAGAGAGAACUACAAAUAUGAAUAACAGGAGACCUGGUCAGAGCGGACCAAUGAGAGCGGGUUGUCUUGCCUCAUGUCCGUCCCCAGCAUUUCUUCUUCUAGGCUUUUUUUCAAAUACCCGUCAUUGGCGGGGCAGAGUUGUCUCUGUGUUAUCUCAGUGUGAGAGAUGAAGUUUAUGAAAAACUAAUAAAAUUACAUUAAGAAAGAA